AUGAAGACUCCUUCAAGUAGCCUUACACAAAUCACGCUCGGUAAUCGCGUUGACUAUUACCCUGUCUUGUCGGAAGGACUACAACCUGACCUCCACGACAAAAACAUCCACACAUAUAUUUCAAAACUGAACAAACAGGUGUUCAAAUAUCCAACUAAAUUCUUGGAUGCAGCGAGCCCUCACCCUGUAUUGGUUACCAAGCAGCACCAAGAACAGGUAAAAAACCUGCACGUGGCUCUCAAUUUGGCUGUUGAGGAUAUAAUUGAGCGAUGGAUCAAAGAUGAAGACGCCCAGUUUACCAACCGGAUGCCGUUGGAACCAGAGGAAGAGGAUCUAUUGCGCUGGAUGCACUCGAACAGACACCUAUUUCGACCAUACAGCGAGCGACCGGGAUCUUGGAGGCCCGACUUCCUUGUAGAACAUGACGAUUCCACCGGCGCAGAGGUGUUUCGCAUCUGUGAGAUCAACGCCAGGUUCUGCUGGAAUGGUUAUAUGAACGCUGCCGUCGGCCAGGAAGCCUAUUCGGCAUUUGGCCUUGAGUCGCGAGGCUUGGAAUUUGCUACAAAUCCGGAAGGGAUCCUCGACGGAGUAUUGAACUUGUUCAGACACGACCUUCCCUUACAUCUAGUCAAGGGUGAAGAGUAUGGCAUCGAUAUCUGGCCCUUCAUGGAGCUCAUGGAGCACCGAAUUGGUGUUAAGCCGCGUUUAAUUACCCCGGAUACCCUUCGACUACUUCCAGACACCACGGAAAAAUCAGGUUUCAAAUUAUGCUGUCUCGCUCAGCCGGAUGCUACUAGCACACUAAAGACAUCUUCUGGGGAUAUUGUGGAAGAAAUUCACCAGAUGGGUCUGGAACUUCACCAACGGGAGUUGAACGCCUUCGACCAAGAAAUGAAACGGCAGAUUAGCCUGCGGUGCUUCAAUGACAUGCGGACGAUCCUUCUUGCUCACGACAAGAGAAUGCUAGGAAUAAUCCGCGAAGAACUUGGCUCGUUAGUUUCCCGAGAUGUUCUCUCAACAGAGCAAGCGACAGACCUGGAACGGGGUAUCACACCUACAAUUCUGCCAGGGUCGACGGCCAUGGAAAAGUUCAUUGCCAGCUGCAAAAUCUCUGAAGGUUUCAAGGAUGGAUAUAUCCUGAAACCAAUCCGUGGCGGAAAAGGAGCUGGCAUUUUGUUCGGUGAUGAGCUAGACAACGAUGACUGGCUUGCACGGUUAGAGCCUUUGCGAGAGGCACGAAUGAAAGCCGGCAAGACAUUGUACGUCGUGCAGCGCCAGAUCCGUCAACCAUACUAUGACAUUCUCGUUGGGGUAAAGGGAAAGCCGGAGCGCUGCCAUAUGGUUGGAACAUACCAUGCCGUCGGUGGACAGUUCCUGGGGCUUGGAACUUGGCGGUGCAGUCCUGGGAGAUUGUGUGCUGUAUCUGAUGGGGCUACCUGGGUAUGCUCUUUGGUCAGGGCGGAAGAAAAACCUGCCACGUCUUCCAGAAAACAAAUUUUGCGAGUUGGGGCAGGUCUACUCACGCUUGGAACUAUGCUAUGGACCGUCGGACGCAUACGCGAGGCAUUUUGGAAGUAG